GCGUGACGGGGCCGCGCGAGGGGCGUUGGGGCGGCGGGCGCGCGCCCCGGCGGACGCCAACCGACGCCUAACCGAUGGCGAGCCCGACGCGUCCGUUUCCGAGGGGGCAGGCGGAAGAGAGAUCAAGAUGCAGAUCUUCGUGAAGACCCUGACUGGCAAGACCAUCACCCUGGAGGUUGAGCCCAGCGACACCAUCGAGAAUGUCAAGGCCAAGAUCCAGGAUAAGGAAGGCAUCCCUCCCGACCAGCAGAGGCUGAUCUUUGCAGGCAAGCAGCUGGAAGAUGGCCGCACCCUGUCUGACUACAACAUCCAGAAGGAGUCCACCCUGCACCUGGUCCUGCGCCUGCGCGGUGGCAUGCAGAUCUUCGUGAAGACCCUGACUGGCAAGACCAUCACCCUGGAGGUUGAGCCCAGCGACACCAUCGAGAAUGUCAAGGCCAAGAUCCAGGAUAAGGAAGGCAUCCCUCCCGACCAGCAGAGGCUGAUCUUUGCAGGCAAGCAGCUGGAAGAUGGCCGCACCCUGUCUGACUACAACAUCCAGAAGGAGUCCACCCUGCACCUGGUCCUGCGCCUGCGCGGUGGCAUGCAGAUCUUCGUGAAGACCCUGACUGGCAAGACCAUCACCCUGGAGGUCGAGCCCAGCGACACCAUCGAGAAUGUCAAGGCCAAGAUCCAGGAUAAGGAAGGCAUCCCUCCCGACCAGCAGAGGCUGAUCUUUGCAGGCAAGCAGCUGGAAGAUGGCCGCACCCUGUCUGACUACAACAUCCAGAAGGAGUCCACCCUGCACCUGGUCCUGCGCCUGCGUGGUGGCAUGCAGAUCUUCGUGAAGACCCUGACUGGCAAGACCAUCACCCUGGAGGUCGAGCCCAGCGACACCAUCGAGAAUGUCAAGGCCAAGAUCCAGGAUAAGGAAGGCAUCCCUCCCGACCAGCAGAGGCUGAUCUUUGCAGGCAAGCAGCUGGAAGAUGGCCGCACCCUGUCUGACUACAACAUCCAGAAGGAGUCCACCCUGCACCUGGUCCUGCGCCUGCGCGGUGGCAUGCAGAUCUUCGUGAAGACCCUGACUGGCAAGACCAUCACCCUGGAGGUCGAGCCCAGCGACACCAUCGAGAAUGUCAAGGCCAAGAUCCAGGAUAAGGAAGGCAUCCCUCCCGACCAGCAGAGGCUGAUCUUUGCAGGCAAGCAGCUGGAAGAUGGCCGCACCCUGUCUGACUACAACAUCCAGAAGGAGUCCACCCUGCACCUGGUCCUGCGCCUGCGUGGUGGCAUGCAGAUCUUCGUGAAGACCCUGACCGGCAAGACCAUCACCCUGGAGGUCGAGCCCAGCGACACCAUCGAGAAUGUCAAGGCCAAGAUCCAGGAUAAGGAAGGCAUCCCUCCCGACCAGCAGAGGCUGAUCUUUGCAGGCAAGCAGCUGGAAGAUGGCCGCACCCUGUCUGACUACAACAUCCAGAAGGAGUCCACCCUGCACCUGGUCCUGCGCCUGCGUGGUGGCAUGCAGAUCUUCGUGAAGACCCUGACUGGCAAGACCAUCACCCUGGAGGUCGAGCCCAGCGACACCAUCGAGAAUGUCAAGGCCAAGAUCCAGGAUAAGGAAGGCAUCCCUCCCGACCAGCAGAGGCUGAUCUUUGCAGGCAAGCAGCUGGAAGAUGGCCGCACCCUGUCUGACUACAACAUCCAGAAGGAGUCCACCCUGCACCUGGUCCUGCGCCUGCGCGGUGGCAUGCAGAUCUUCGUGAAGACCCUGACUGGCAAGACCAUCACCCUGGAGGUUGAACCCAGCGACACCAUCGAGAAUGUCAAGGCCAAGAUCCAGGAUAAAGAAGGCAUCCCUCCCGACCAGCAGAGGCUGAUCUUUGCAGGCAAGCAGCUGGAAGAUGGCCGCACCCUGUCUGACUACAACAUCCAGAAGGAGUCCACCCUGCACCUGGUCCUCCGUCUUAGGGGUGGCUAUUAAUUCAUCUCAUUGCCUAAUAAUGGCAUUAUUCGACCAUAGCCUUUGCCCACCCCCAAUUUAAGUUUAGAAGUUACCAGCUUCAAUAAUGGCUGAAUCUGUUCAAAAUACUAAUAAAGGUUUUGUUGCAUGAUAA